UGGAUAUUUCUGUGAGACUGAUCGAACAGUUCUUUAUACUGACGCAUCACCCAUAGCUUUGGGGGCAGUCCUUGUCCAAUUGUGUGGAAACCUUACACCACGCAUCAUAAGUUUUGCAUCCAAAGCUUUAACACAAACGGAAAGAAGAUAUCCGCAGAAUCAGCGAGAAGCUCUCGGUGCUGUAUGGGGCGUUGAGCAUUUUGCGUAUUACUUGUUGGGACGACAUUUCACUCUCCGUGUUGAUGCUCAAGGAAUAGCAUUUUUACUAGACAGAACAAGAGAGGAUUCAAAGCGCGCUCUAACCAGAGCUGAUGGUUGGGCGCUGCGGUUGAGCCCAUACGAUUAUGAUAUAGAAUGCAUCCGAGGAAGAGACAAUAUAGCCGAUACACCGUCGCGUCUAUAUGAGGGGACUGAUGCUCCGUUCAACGACGAUUCCAGUCCCUGGGAGAUAGCGAAACUGGAAAUAAACAGUGUGUCCUUCCUAACGAAUGAAGAGCUUAGAGAAGCGACGUCAACCGACGCGAUUCUUAACAGUGUGAUGACCGCUUUAAGCACCGGUGAGUGGACGGACGAAUUGAAGCGCUUCCAGCAGGUGGCAGAUGACUUAUACGUGAAGAAUGAUCUUGUAAUUAAGAAAGGCUGCAUCGUAAUACCAGACAAACUACGCAACAAAACCCUGGAAAUUGCUCACAGUGGCCAUCCCCUGACGGCAAAGCUCAAGAGCAUUCUAAGAGAACGCGUCUGGUGGCCCGGCAUGGGCAAAGAUGCUGAAAAGUGGGUAGCAUCUUGUCGAAUCUGCGCAAUCAACGGAAAACCCGAGAAACCGACCCCAAUGGAACGGAUAUUUGCUCCCAAAUCGGUUUGGGAUACCAUCGCCAUAGACUUCAAUGGACCAUAUGCCAGGUAUGGCGGGAUCUAUGUCCUGGUUAUAGUUGAUUACAGAUCUAGAUAUUUAAUCGCUCGUCCUACCAAGUCUACUAGUUUCGAACAUACAAAAUUCGUUUUAGAAGACGUAUUCGAUAGGCAUGGAUUCCCUAACAACAUUAAAAGCGAUAACGGUCCUCCGUUCAAUGGGGAUGAUUACAAACACUACUGCUCUGAGAGGAGUAUAAGAACAAUUUUUUCCACGCCAUUGUACCCACAACAAAAUGGACUCGUGGAAAAUUAUAUGAAAAUUAUAAACAAAGCCAUGGCCGCAUCCGUGUCUAGUGGAACAAAUUACAAUAAUGAAUUGCAAGCCGCCGUUCGUUCUCACAACGCUGCCGCUCACGCUGUCACCAAGUUUCCCCCAGAAGAAAUCAUGCUCGGGCGAAAAAUUAGAAGGGGUCUUCCGCUGGUGAAUUUGGAGAAAGUGGACCACGAUGAAAAUUUAUUGAACAAGAGGGAUCGAGAAGCAAAAAUACAAGCAAAGCAACGAGAAGAUCAGCGAAGGUCUGCACGAGUGUGUCGAGUCAAGCCGGGGGACGUGGUUAUUGUUGAAAAACAGUCGCGAUCGAAGGGAGAAGCAAGAUUUGGAGAAAAAAGGUACACUGUCCUGGAAGAGAAAAAUGGAAAUAUGCUGUUGACAGAUGAAGACGGAGGAAUCCUAAAACGACACGUCUCCCAGACGAAGAAGGUUUCCGAAUGGGCGGAUAUUUCGCAGAAAUUAUCUACGUACAAUAAUGAACCAGAGAAUCAUCGUACUGUCGCGCCUGUGCGUCCGAGCAGAGAAAGAAAAGCGCCGUCGUACUUGCAGGGAUAUGUCCGAGCUAUCGAAAAGGAGGAGGUUCAGCAGUAAGGCCAUCAAUAAUUUUCUGACUCCUAUGCGUUUUCGGGUACUGUAAAAAUGUUCACUAGUUUUUAUCCUAAGUUUUGUCUUCCCUUUCAAACAAAAUAAUCAAUAAAGUAAUCUUUAAAGAUG